ACGGCGGCGGCGGUGGGCGGCCCGCGGGCUCAGUCGGAGGAUGGCCGCAGCCGCGGCGGGAGGAGCCCCCGGCCCGGGCCCCGCCGCCAGGGCCCCGCCGCCGGCGAUGCGGAGGCGCGGGGACUUGCGGCGCCGCCAGGCCGCGCUCUUCUUCCUCAACAACAUCUCCCUGGACGGGCGGCCCCCGAGCCUGGGCCAGGUCGGCGAGACUCUUCCGCCGCCAGCGCCGCCCGCCGAGGUCCGCGAGCCGCCCGCGCCGCCGCCGCCGCCUCCCGGGCCCGAGCCCGCGCCGCCCGGCCCUCCCGGCGGCGCGGUCAGGGCGUCGGCGCCCCAGGGCCUGCUCAGCCCCGCGCCCGCGCCAGCCGGCCUCGGCCUGGACGCGCCGCGCCCGCGAAGGCGAGUUGCCUCCCAGCGCUGCUCCCUCGAGUUCCUGGAAGACACCGUGGGAUGUCCCUCCGUUCAAAGAACCAAGCACAUGCCCGGGUCCCCCAGGCACAAGGGCCUGAAGAAGACUCACUUCAUCAAGAACAUGCGACAGUAUGACACCAAGAAUAGCAGGAUCGUGCUGAUCUGCGCCAAGCGGUCCCUGUGUGCAGCCUUCUCGGUCCUGCCCUAUGGAGAAAGCCUGCGGGUCAGUGACCUGAGGGUGGACAGCCAGAAGCAGAGGCAUCCGUCCGGUGGCGUGUCUGUUUCUUCCGAGAUGGUCUGUGAGCUGGAAGGUGUGGAGCUGGGAGCAGAUGGAAAGGUCGUAUCUUACGCCAAGUUCCUGUACCCUACCAACGCCCUCGUCGCACAAAAGACGGACAGCCACGGCCCGCCGCCCCAGCCCCGGACCAGCGUCUCCCGGGCUGUGCCAACAUCCAGAUACAAACCUGCUGCUCCCAAGUCAGCGCCGAUCAGCACGGAGCUAGACCCCUCCCAGACCCUAGGAGCACCGCUCCCCGUUGCUGGAGAACUCCCAGGCGCUGCACAGGGUCUGCUGAGGCUCGGGCUGAUGGGAACUGGGCAUCAGAGCUUGGGGCUCGCAGUGGGUCAGGGAUGCCUUCUGCCUGCAGGGAGUGAUGCAGGGGAUCCCCUGGAAUACAACCCCAACCUGCUGGAUGACCCGCAGUGGCCCUGUGGCAAGCACAAGCGAGUCCUCAUCUUUGCAUCUUACAUGACCACAGUGAUCGAAUAUGUGAAGCCCUCCGACCUCAAGAAGGACAUGAAUGAAACAUUCCGAGAGAAGUUUCCACACGUCAGACUAACACUGAGCAAAAUUAGGAGUUUAAAACGCGAGAUGCGCAACAUAUCUGAGGAGUGCAACCUGGAGCCUGUGUCUGUGGCCAUGGCCUACGUGUACUUCGAGAAGCUUGUCCUGCAAGGCAAGCUCAACAAACAGAACCGCAAGCUGUGCGCCGGCGCCUGUGUGCUGCUUGCUGCCAAGAUCAGCAGCGACCUCCGCAAGAAUGAAGUAAAACAGCUCAUAGACAAGUUAGAAGAAAGGUUCCGGUUCAACAGACGGGAUCUAAUUGGGUUUGAGUUCACAGUGCUUGUGGCCUUGGAACUUGCUCUUUAUCUUCCUGAGAACCAGGUGUUACCUCAUCACAGACGCCUCACACAGCAGUUCUAGUCUGCCGCCCGGACAGCCCAUGCCACUCUGCACACCGUUUGUGAGCCCAGGAGCUGUUCCCAGGCAGUGAAGUGCAGCCCUGGCCCCCAUGGCCUCACCCUCCCAGCUCAGGCACGUGGCCCUGCCUUCGCACGCUUUCUUCCUUGGGGGGCCAUGCUUUCAUUCCAAAGCACAGCACAUCACCAUGGUGUUUGAGAAUAUUUGGCAUUCUCAUGUGGAUACAAUGUGGGGUUUGUCAUUUUCCUUUUUUCACAUGCCUGACACUGGCCUGGCACUAGGACCCUCGAUUUAUGCCUUGGAUCCCGAUGUCAUGGCAUCUUUCUGCUUUGCGCUGCCUCGCCUUCCACAUGCUAUUGUGGCCACUGACGCCUGGCAGUGGUGACUGUUCCACAUGCUGCUGAGUGGAUUCAGGUCCCUGGAGUUAAUGCAGUGAAGCAUUAACCUUGACUUUCCAAUUUUUGGAUGUGGAACACACCCUGCCCAGCCUGCUGUCCAUUCCCCUCCCCGCGUCACAAGCAGAGCAAAGGGCAGACUCCAGGCUUGAUCAGUUUUGUUCUUGGACCGCUCAUCUCCCAAGCAUCAUGUCACUGUGAAGUCCUUGUACCUGAGUGUUAUGCCAGCAGGCCGCUGCAAACACAAGUUGCCCCUUCACCUCACCCAGAAAACCCCACUGGCCUGUGACACUCUACAUCUUCAGAUGAUUGUGUUGCUGGAGUGUGGCUCUUGAUCUUCUUAAGCAAUAUUAUGACAGGACAGCCUAUGUCUUGGGAUUCUGUUCUGUAGGUUUCUCAUAAGGGAACACAAAUUAGUUAAAUGUGUGAAGCUGUGGGUUGAAACCACACUUGCUCAAGCUGGGAGGAGACGGACUACUUCGUAGCCCACAGCACCGCCUCCCCAAGAGGUGGGCUCAGUGCCCUCUUCUCCCAAGGCUGUCUGGGCAGUCACUCAGACCGCACUGCCGGUGAUCCUCACUCCUACGAAGGCCCGGGCUCUGUCUUUCCAGGUUUGUCGUCCUUUGCACGAAUUCCGUGGUCCAGUUCUCCAGCUCACUGCCCCACCAAAAACCCCGACUGGUGAGUCGGCUGGCCUGAAAGAUGGCCAUGGAUCAAGCUGCUUUCCUAUUGUGCUAGACCCUGGGGCAGCCCCCAUCUUGUACUCUCUUCAUACGGGCUGGUGUUUUUGCAGAAUAGCCAGUUCUGCUCAUCACAGCACCCAACCACCAGCAACUCGGCCCAGACCCCAGAAGAGGUGCAGGCCAACUACUCGUCUACUUAUUGCCUGCAAGCCUGUUCCUUCCACUCAGAGUAAGACUGCAGUGCGCCUCCCUCUCCAAGAUGGCUCCCUAAACCCAACCUGCAUCCAAGGUGGAUGGUGUAAGGUGCUAGGCCCAGCAACUUAUGGAAAGCAUCCCAUCCUGCCACCAUGUAUCUCAAGGACACUUCCGUGUUACAAGCACUGUAAGGGACUUUCUCAAAACAUAGGUCCCGGUUUACAGCUUAGCCUCGAAGGAUCUGUCUCUGGGAAUUUAUACACAGACGUCAGGCCAGCUGAAAAAUAUGGUCAUUAAGUUUGCACAUUUAUGUAGUAAGAUUUAGUAAUUUGCCAGUCUCAUCUGUAACCUUCCCAGCUGUGUGUCCUUUACAGAAAUGAUAGAACUGCCACUGUGUGGUACUCGAGAACCCCUGCAGAAAAGCCAGAAUUUAAGCCAAACCUCAGACUGCAUCCCCAGCCUCUAGAACAAACCCCAGCCUGAGGGUGUCCAGGGCCCAGCUCCUCUCCCUCAGAACCCAGCAGCAGUUGUGGACUUGAAAUGUGUGUUAAGUGAUUAUCUGACCUCAAUGUCAAGUUGUGUCAUAAGUGUUUGUAUUUGUGCUUUAAAGUAAAGUUUGGUUUUGCAGCAUA